UGUGUGUGUGUGUGUGUGUGUGUGUUUGUGUGUGUGUGUGUGUGUGAAGAAAUUAAAGGCUCGAAAAUUCUGUCAAUCAAGUUGGAAAUGUUACACAGACUGACCGGAUAUUGACUUCAUCACAAUAAAAGCAUUCAACAUAAACUCUUGUACAACUUAAUGAAUGAAUGAAUUAUUGAAUGAAUGAAUGAAUUUUAAGUACAACUACGCAGAUUUGUACUUUUUCUGUAUUGUUUUGUGUAACUGACUAAACACUAUGUUGCUGCCUUGAACAUGUGUAUCUUUAACAGGGCCAUACGUUUUAAAUCUAAAGUCUAAACAUAUAAUCUUACUGACAGCUAAAGACAUUUUUGCGGAAAGUAUUACAUUAUUUACAAGCUCUUCUUAAAAGCAUAAUUUACUCUUAAUUAUGAGUGUAAUUACAUUUUAUUUAUACUUAACCUUUUAACUUUUUCUAUGUAAUAUUUUUCUAUGUGUUAAUUAUUUAAUCUCAUGUCAUUUCACUUCAUCUCAGUACUGACUUGAUUAGUGCAUCUGAUUAUCCAAUUUGUGAAUUUUGUGGUGCUCUGAUUCCAUAUAUUCCUUCUUUAAUAAUUCUUUAUAAAGCCUUUCAUCCCUUAUAUUAUCCUGUUUGUUUUGAUUCAUUGAUAUUCCGUUUGAUGUAUGUGAAUGACAAAAGGUGAAACAAUUUAUUAAUAUUAAUAAUCGACCAAAAUCUACUGCAGGUAAUACACUGAUUAUGGAUUACCUCAUACAACCCCACUUCAAAAAAUCCGAAAUAUCCCUUUAAAGGUGUCCAUGUGGUUGUAAUUUGAAGGUUUAACCGGAUGUUGUGUGUUUACUGUGUCUGUGUUGACACCAGGGGAGAUUUCUGUGUGUUUUUUUUUUUUUUUUUUUUUUUUUUUUUUGCUGCACUGAUACGGCGGACAGGCUGCCGUCAUUCCCCUCAGACAAGGCAGACCUGCUCAUUUUUACACUGACACAUAACAAGUACAAUGUCGGAUUUUGAGGAAUUUGAGAAGCAGCUCAGCGAAAAUCGACAAGAGAGAGAAAGAGAAAGACACAAAAAGAGGAGUCGCAGCGGAUCUGCGGGCGGCCGAGCCGACAAGCAUCGCAGCUGGAGCAAAGACCGAGGGAGCCGCAGCCGUGAGAAGCGAAGCCGCAGCAGAGACAGGAAGAGCCGGGACCGCAGGAGCUCCUCCCGGGACCACAAGAAGCACAGCCAUUCUCCGAGGCGAACGAGGAAGAAAAGGACCUGCAAAUACUGGGAUGUGCCUCCUCCUGGCUUUGAACACAUCACACCAAUGCAAUACAAAGCUAUGCAAGCGGCUGGGCAGAUACCAACAAUAGCUCUGCUGGCGACGUCCACCACCACUGGAGUAGCUGCAGCACCGACACAAGUGCCUGUAGUUGGCAGUCAGAUGACGAGACAAGCCAGACGCCUCUAUGUUGGAAAUAUUCCCUUUGGAGUAACUGAGGAGUCCAUGGCAGAGUUCUUCAAUGCCCAGAUGCGGCUUGCAGGCCUCUCACAAGCCCCGAGCAACCCUGUACUCGCUGUGCAGAUCAAUCAGGAUAAAAACUUUGCUUUCCUAGAGUUCCGAUCCGUCGACGAGACGACGCAGGCCAUGGCCUUCGACGGAAUCAUUUUCCAGGGUCAGUCUCUGAAGAUUAGAAGACCUCACGACUAUCGGCCGUUACCCGGUAUCUCAGAGCAGCCUGCUUUCCACGUCCCAGGCGUCGUCUCCACAGUCGUUCCCGAUUCCCCUCAUAAACUGUUCAUAGGAGGUCUGCCUAACUACCUGAACGAUGACCAGGUUAAGGAGCUAUUGACUUCAUUUGGGCCGCUCAAAGCUUUCAACCUUGUGAAGGACAGUGCCACGUCACUGUCAAAAGGUUACGCCUUUUGUGAAUACGUAGACAUCAGCGCCACUGAUCAGGCGGUAGCGGGGCUCAAUGGCAUGCAGCUGGGCGACAAGAAGCUGAUCGUCCAGAGGGCCAGUGUGGGAGCUAAAAACACCAACCCUACCUCCAUCAUAGAGACCCCGGUAAUGCUGCAGGUCCCCGGGCUCCAGAGGCUGCAGAACUCGGGCAUGCCCACGGAGGUGCUGUGCCUUCUCAACAUGGUGAUGCCCGAGGAGCUGGUGGACGACGAGGACUACGAGGAGAUCCUGGAAGACAUCAGAGAGGAGUGCUGCAAGUACGGCAGCGUCCGCUCCAUCGAGAUCCCCCGGCCCGUCGACGGAGUGGAGGUCCCUGGCUGUGGAAAGAUCUUCGUGGAGUACGUUUCCGCUGCAGACUGUCAGAAAGCCAUGCAAGCCCUCACCGGCCGCAAGUUCGCCAACAGAGUGGUGGUCACCAAAUACUACGAUCCGGACAUGUAUCACAGACACGAGUUUUGAAAGCACAGACGAGUCUGACGGGGACGUUGUUUCCUUCUUCCUUUCUGUUUGUAAGCUUGAGUUGAGUCAGUUUUCUUUACUUCUCUGAAUGUUGUGAACGUGUCUUUAGAGACUAGACCUGGAAAAAGACUUUGUUUUAUUACACACACCACAUCUACUUAACAAACUGGACUGCAGUGUGUGUUUUCUUUUUUUUUGUUUUCUUCAGUACUGAAUAUCUAACUCCAAGCUUUAGCUUAAUACUCGCACAGUGAACUGAUCUCAUUCUGAAUAAAAAAAAAUAUAUAUUGUAGUAUACAUUACAUUUGCAGUAGAUUGAAUAUGACAUGUAUCUUACCUAAACCUAAACUAAUACUGCCUGACAACGCCAGGGUAGCUGUCUAUCGAGUAUGCACUAUAUCAGAAGAAAAAAAAAACAAGUCAAAUGUUUAGAUUUCCCUCCUGAGCACAAAAAACAUUUAGAUCUAGAUUUGAGAAACUGUCAUGAUGUUUAUCGUGUGGCUAUGACGAAAGAAAAUAUUGUUUUUAUUUAUUUAUUUUUCCAAAGUAAUAUUUUUCUCUCUUUAUGCGUCACAUAUUAAUCUUCCUUAACCGUAUACGAUGCUGUCACCUGUACUGCUUACAUCGACCAAACGUCAACUUGUUUUGUCAAAAGUGAAACAUUUUCUUAUAACGGCCUCAAAGGUCCUUCAUGACGACUGUCAUUUUGUAAAUAAAUGAAAAAAUAUUAAUGUCUAAAGGCAGCCAUGCACACUUGAAGAUAUGUAAUUUCAAAAAUUAUAUAAUAAUAAUAAUAAUUGUCUUGGUUGAAAAUCUUUUAUCAGACACUAGUAAUCGUGUCAAUCUAAUAAACAAUAUUCUGCACUUUGUUGUAAAAAUCAGUUUAACGAACUCAAAUCUGUCUUCACGGUCGGAUUUUAAAAGAUAAAGCAGAUACGCACAUGUUAAGAAAAGCACCUUUUACGUUUUGUAGAUAGCAUACUGAAUGAAUUUUAUAAGCUUUAUUCUUGAAUGUGCUGUUUUUUGCAUCUGUUGAAGAAAAUAUGUUAAAAUUAAAGCAUUUAUUUAUUAUGAAAUAGCUUUUAAACUGCUUGAAGAGUGCAGGCACAAAUACAGUAUCCAAAAGAAAUAACAUCAGAAAUUAGGAUGCGUGAAAAAAAAUCUGCAUUUGGACUUUAUCUGGUUUGCACAUAGAACAAACGAGUGAACAAAUUGUAUUUUAGAGUAAGAAAGUGGAACAUAUCAAAUGAUAAUUAACAACUACUGUAUUUUCUACGUUUUUUGGAUUGCCAAACAUUUUUAGUUUGAACAAUCCCUGCCACUGCCAUCGCCUUCAAUAAAUGCUUGCAUCCACUGUCA